AUGGCUUCCCAGAACAGUAAGGGCAGAACACUCAAGAGGCUGUAUUCAUUCAUCUCAGACGUGCCCUUGAAGCUGUUUGCAGGUGUCUUGUUCAAGAAGCGGCGACAAGAAGGUGAACCUGAUAGCAGCUCCCAGAGAAACACCUCCGAUCCCGAAAAUGUGCCAUCUUACUCGGAAGUGGAGCCGGCUUCUGCCAGCCAAGCGCUAAAGUGGUUUAGCAAAUUUGUCUGCCACAGGUGUUUUAGAAUAACAUCUCUUAAACCCUCGGACCCUGUGCGUUGGCUGCAAAACGUGGACAGAGCCCUCUUUCUCCACAAAUGUCAGGACGCACCAUUCCUGACACUGCCAAACGUGGUCUUCCUCUACUUGGUGUGUAGAGAUGUUAUAUCUUCGGACCUGGUCAGCAAGAUGGAGUUGAAGGCAGCGUUGAUGACUUGUCUCUACGUCUCCUGUUCCUAUGUUGGCCCUGAGAUAACAUACCCGGCCAAAUUCUUCCGGGUGGACAGCUGGACGGACGAUUUCUGGAACCGCUGCCUUACGGUUAUUGGAGCAAUGAGUGAGAAAAUGCUGCUCAUCAACACUGACCCAGAAUAUUUUGCUCAGACCCUGGAACAUCUGAAGGCUGAAGGUGGAAGGUGA